GCAAGAGUCCGCACUAAGCCACACAUCAAUGUUGGCAGUGACUUUCAGGCUGAGCUCCCUGAGCUGCAGACCGGGCCGCCAAGUGAGGAUGAAGAGCCUGCAACCCUGGUCUGGAAGCCCUUGGAGAAAGACGAACCUGACCUGGAAAAACCGGACAGAGGAGGCUCUGGAGAUGUUGCUCUCGGGGAGGCCUCCAACAGCUCAAGACCAUCCCUUGGCUGAUUAUCAUUAUGCAGGCUCUGAUAGAUGGACAGCUGAGGAGAAGGAGGCCUUCCAAAAGGCUUUCCACACCUACGGCAAGGAUUUCCAUCUCAUCCAGAAGCAGAUCCCAAGUAAGACCGUGGCACAGUGUGUGGAGUACUACUACUGCUGGAAAAAAGAGCAGAAACUUGCCAGCAGCACUCUUAGAGUUUGA